AUGGGCCGUCGUCUUUGGGCUUUUGCGGCCGCUGCGCUGGGGGGCCUUUUGGCCUUCUGCGGGCCAUCCGGCCUGCCGCCGAGGCCAAAGGUGCUUUCGCCGGCCUCGAUCAACACCGCAGUGGAGGAAGCGCAGGCCUCCAGCUUCCCGCCGCCGGACUGGCUGCGGGUGUCCACCACCGUGCCGGAGGACGGUGUGGCCAGCGUGUCUCAGGCGGUGCUCGCCAUCUCCGAGGGCCUUCAACUCGAGCGCUACGCCGUGCUGCGGCUGACGGCCGACACGGCCGACGCUGACUCCCAGGCGGCGGCGGCGGCGCGGCUGGCGCUGUGGGUGCCGCCCAAGUCCCUGCUGCUGGUGUCCUCGAUGAUCGGCGAGGCCCAGGAGGAUCCCAUGAUCUUGGUGGAGGGCCUCGACGAGGACGGCGAGGCGGAGUUCUUCAAAGGGGAGCUCGCUUUGGCGGACGCGGGCGCGGGAGCCGAGCUGAAGCCGUUGCUGGAGGAGAGCUGCCUGGCGCCUGCCUGGCCUCCAUUUUCUUAG